AUGCCUCUUCUCGUCCUGCUCCGCGCCUCGCCGCGCGCGCCCAGAUGCUCCCCACUUCGCACGGCCACCGCCGCCCUCCUCUACCGCGACGGCGCGGAGCUCCGUCCCGCCGCAGCAAUCACGAUCUUCUCGGCGCCGCUCGCGGCGCCGGACGGCUCGCCCGCGCGGCAGGAGCUGGCGGUGCGAUCGUGGCUGGCGCUCCCGGGAGACGUCAGCGUCGUGCUCCUCGGCUCCCACCCUUCUGCGGUCGCCCUCGCCACACGGCUCGGACGCCGGGUCACCGUCGAGCCCGCCGUCGAUUCCUCGUUCACCGGGACGCCAUUCUUCCACUCCAUGGUAGCAAGGGCGCAAUCUUCUGACUCUGACAUUUGCGUCCUUGUCGACGCCGAGGUCGUUCUGCUGCCUGAAACUGUCACCUUACUGACAAAAUUCAGUAGAAUUGGCCGUGAUUGGCUUCUCGUUUCAAUGUCACGCAACACUUCCAGUCUGAACGAGGUACCCUUGCAGGAGAUUCCGGCCGACAACUGGGCAGCAGAUAGCGGUGGCAAGGGGCUCAUCAUGGCGUGGAACAAUCCGAGGAAUCCGUUACUUGGAGGCGUUCUGCCUUCUUUUCUUUAUGGAAGAGGAGCACACAGCUGGUGGCUGAUCCAUGAGGUUCUAUCAUCUGAAAUGAGACUCGUGUUUGAUGCAAGCAAUCUAGUUCUUGGGUUAUACUUAUACCCUGAAGAUUUCAGCACAAAGCGCGGUUCAAAUGACAGUGGUAGAUUACUUGAUGGAUCAUGGGAGUAUGGUAUCAACCGCCAUCUCGCUGCGGUUUACGGGUCGUAUUGUUAUCGCUCGCUACGAAGACAUCAUUCUCCCAUGCUGUAUGAAGUGGUUAAGCAUUCUGAAGAUUACAUGUUGCGCGAAGUUGAAGAGCCAACCAUCUCAAAUUUUAUCACAGGUAAAGAACAAAAUCUCCAUGCAGACGGAAACAGCCUAUGGAACAAACAGAACAUUUGCUUGUCUGAUCAUCUAAGAAGCUAUUCUUCAGAAACCCCGGAGGCAGCUGGUGUCCCAUAUUCAUUAGGAAUGCUCCUACAGUUUGUAGCUGAUCAGAAUAGGUCUAUUGUUCUUGGUGUGGCUGGGGAAAGUUACAGGGACAUGCUUAUGAGUUGGGUGUGCCGCUUACGCCAUCUUGGAGUCACAAAUUUUGUAGUAUGUGCUCUCGACCAGCAGACAUAUGAAUUCUCCAUGCUGCAGGGUUUGCCAGUUUUCAGAGAUCCACUGUCACCAAAGAAUGUCAGCUUCGAUGAUUGCCACUUUGGAACCCAGUGUUUUAAGCGAGUGACAAAAGUGAAAUCACGGAUUGUUGUGGAGAUUUUAAAACUAGGGUAUAACGUGCUUUUGAGUGAUGUUGAUGUCUAUUGGUUUGACAAUCCAAUGCAGUUCCUGCAUUCGCUUGGACCUGCAACAUUUGCAGCACAAUCGGAUGAAUACAAUGAGACAGGGCCAAUAAACCUGCCACGACGACUAAACUCAGGUUUCUACUACGCCCGGUCAGACAACGCCACCAUCGCCGCCUUGGAGAUGGUAGUGGAACACGCGACCAAAUCGAACUCGUCGGAGCAGCCAAGCUUUUACGAUGUCCUGUGUGGGAAGGAGGGCGCUUACCGGCUCGGCAGCGAUAGAUGCCUCGAACCCAGCACAAACCUUACCGUUGUGUUCCUGGACCGAGACCUGUUCCCGAAUGGCGCUUAUAGGGGACUCUGGGAGAGGCGGGACCUGCGUUCGUCUUGCAGGGAGCUUGGGUGUUUUGUCAUCCAUAACAACUGGGUAAACGGGAGGAAGAAGAAGCUCCAGCGCCAGAUGGAGUCUGGGCUCUGGGACUAUGAUCCUAGCUCUAGGUUGUGCUUGCAGAGUUGGGGUGAUGCUGGUAACUUCAGAGUGAUGGGGCAGUUUCAUGUGUCUGGCGAUACAGACAGUUAG